UCAUUGGGUUUGUUUUGGUACAGGAAACGAGGAGAAAGUGACACUACAGUCCCUGAUGCUCAUAUUAAAGCAGCAGAAUUUGAUAAAAGGUACGCAGAGAUAAUUGAGGACUUCAAGAAAGAUCCUGAAAGUCACGGUGGACCCCCUAAUUGCAUUCUUCUUUGUAGGCUUCGUGAGGAAUUGCUCAGAGAAUUAGGAUUCAAAGAUAUAUUCAAGACAGUUAAGGAUGAAGAAAAUGUUAAAGCCAUCUCGCUUUUUGCGGAUGUUAUUCGACUUAAUGAUGCCAUUGAAGAUGAUGAAAAACUUGCAGAGAGCUUGGUUAGGGGAAUAUUUGCAGGAAACGUAUUUGAUCUAGGCUCUGCACAGCUUGCAGAGGUUUUCGCUAAGGAUGGAAUGUCCUUUCUGGCUAGUUGUCAAAAUCUUGUGCCUCGACCUUGGGUUAUUGAUGAUUUGGACACAUUUAAGCUCCGAUGGAGUAAAAAGUCUUGGAAAAAGGCUGUAAUUUUUGUAGAUAAUUCUGGUGCAGAUAUCAUCUUGGGAAUCCUGCCAUUUGCCCGAGAGUUACUUCGACGUGGGACACAGGUUGUUUUAGCCGCUAAUGACUUGCCUUCGAUCAAUGAUGUAACCUACCCUGAACUUAUCGAGAUCGUCGCAAAGUUGAAGGAUGAGAAGGGACAGCUCAUGGGUGUUGACACUUCAAAUCUUUUGAUUGCCAAUUCUGGUAAUGAUUUGCCGGUUAUUGAUCUUGCAAGAGUGUCACAACAGCUUGCUGAAGUGGCAAGUGAUGCAGACUUGGUUGUCUUGGAAGGGAUGGGUCGUGGGAUAGAAACAAACCUUUAUGCACAAUUUAAAUGCGACUCUCUCAAGAUUGGAAUGGUGAAGCAUCCAGAGGUUGCUCAGUUCUUAGGAGGAAGGCUCUACGAUUGUGUCUUCAAGUACAAUGAAUUUUCGAGUUGAUUAAACAUUACUUCUUUUCAAAUGUUUAUCACUGCUAUUCUCACAUGGAGAAGGGCUACUUG